UAAAACAGCAAACAAUUGAUCACAAACAAUAGAAUUUUAAUAAUGAACUUUGAAUAAUAUUCUAAGCACAAUUGUUGAUUUAUUGAAAGCAGGAUUUAAUUUAAAAUGGCGGCUGUUACAAGCGACAGCAAAAAUGUCAUCGAAUGCAAGAUUUGUAAAAAUCAGUAUCGUAACCAACAACUAUUCGAUGACCAUCUGAAGAACAAUCCCGCUUGCAGCAAAUUAACAUGUGACGUGUGUCAAAAACAAUAUAUGUAUGUUAAGUCUUUGAACUUUCACAAGAAAACUCAUUUAAAAGAAAAGCCAUUCAAAUGUGAUGAGUGCGAAUAUUCUACCAUUUCCAAGUCAUUGUUAAACAGACAUCAAUUAACACAUUCAAGAAAACUGUUAUAUAAUUGCAAGUAUUGCGGUUGGCCUACUUCGAGGAAAAGUACUUUGGACGGACAUAUUUUUGUGGUACAUUAUGAACAGUUGUCUUCACCUGACGAACUUCCACCGAGAUACAGAGAUUUAAAAAAAUAUUCGUGCAAGUUGUGCAAGCAACGAUGUCAAUCAGAAUACGCUUUAAAAGAACACAUGAGAACACACACGGGAGAACGUCCAUUCCAGUGUGACAUUUGCUUGAGAAAAUAUGUAACUAAGUCAAAUUUAAAAGUUCACAUGCGAGCGAAACAUUCAAGACAAAAAUUUACAUCUGAGCAACAUCGAAGAGAAGAAACGUCGCAGCGUAUUGCAACUUCUGGACAAAAUAUUGCUCAAUCUCAUAUGCACUUUCCUGCAUCAAUUUCGUCAACAGAACAUAAGAACAGUCACACUAAUGACGCUCCAUCCACUUCAAUGAUAAUUUAUGUGUUAAUAUUAGGACUGUUAUCAAUUAAGGAAAUUGAAGAAACAGAAGAUCCAGAAAUAUUGACAGCAGUUGGACUGAUUAGCAGAAGAAGAUUGGAGAUGAUGAUGAAGAAAAAGGAAUUCUUUAAUUUGGAUAAACCAUCGACUUCGAAAUAAACUCUACAAGAAGAAUUGAAAUAAAAAUUUAUUAUCUUAUGCAAAAUUCACAUAAUAUGUUAUCAAAAUUAUCAAAUUAUCUUGAACUUUAAAAUUUUUGAAAAAACUUUGAUAAAA